AUGAUACCGACGUUACUGAAUAUACAAAAAAUGCAAAAAGAAAUUAUUCUAUCUCAGACAAAACUCGUACCAAAAAAUAUCUCGAAACAAGUAACAGUAUCGAAAAGAUCAGUUAAGACCAUUUCUAGACAAGGACCCGUAACAAGAUCACAAACUAGCAAUAUUCAGAGAGCUGUUGUAAAAAUGGAUCAAGAAGAUCUAGAAGAUUCUUUUAGUACGGUGGCAAAUGUCAAUACAACUAACACCGCUACAGAACCGCAGGCAAAAUCAGCUAUUGCCAAACACUAUAAAAAUACAGGACAUAUAAAUCCAGAUUUGUGGAAACCCAUCACGACUAGUGGAAAUCCAUCUCCAAAGGAAGAUAUGCAAUUGUUGAUGAAAACGCCUGCACAACUUUUGACUAGUGUAAAAGCUCAUGAAGCUUCAUGUGAAGAAGGUGACUUGACCAAAAAUCUUCCGAAACUUGCUGUCUCAUCUAAACGAUCCACUUCUACGAUAUCAGCACCUGUAGAAAAAGAAAAAAAAAAUCAUAUAGAUAUCAAAUCGUCCAUCACGUUUGCUAGUAAUGAAGAAGACAAAGUUAAAACAACAGCUGUAACCAUUCCGAAAAUAAGGUCGAAUAUUCCACCGCAAACUUCACCGUCAUUAGCUACAUCAACAAAUCAUUUACAACAAGUUAAAUUUAAUUAUCAUUCAAAUACCGUACCAGAAAGAAUACGAACAAUAGUUCUACCCACAUUGCCUUCGAGUCUGUUAGCACCUUCAAUACCGAUUAAACGACCUAAUUUUAACAAUCUAUUACCAAUCAUUCCUCGCCCACAACUAUUAUCAACAAUCAUCGGUCCUUUAGUACAAGCUACUCACCAGCAACCACAUGGGAAAAUGACGAGCACUCAGAUUCCUAUACAAACAAAGUCAAAAUUACAAAUUACAAACUUACCAAAAGCGGGUAUUCCUGUUCGCACAUCAAAGAAUCUAUCUCGGAAAAGAACACAUGCAGAUGAAUCUUUGGAAUUUGAGUCCAGUCCGAAAAAGUCAAAGUCGUCAACAACUUUUGAUACACUGCCGGAAGCAAAUCGUUCAUCUAAACGAACCACUGGAAUAUUAUACGAAUCAGCACCCAUCGUUCGUUCAAGAGAUGAAACAAGAUUAUCCCUUAGUUUAACAGAAUGGGAGGAAGGAUUGAAUCUUUCCACUUUAGAUAAUCGUUUACAACGAAGUGGCCUCGAUAAUAAAACCGAAGUAAGAGUCUUUAUGUUCGGCUAUGCAAUGUCUACCUUUUUUUUAGCUGUGCCCACAUAUAAUUUUGAACAGCUAAUGAAUGAUUUACAUGAUGUAUCCGAAGAGAAACUACCAGCAGCAAUUAAUCUGAAUGACGAUCAGCGCUUGAAAUUUCUUUUUACUCUAUCAUGUCCACUACUUGGUCUUGUCAGACCGAGCGCUGGUCUGUAG